CGCACUUGGUAAUUCGAUCUCUGCAUCCCAAAGAUUAGGAAAUGAUCCCCUGAAGUUUGUGUUUGUUUUGACUCUUGUGUGGACUUGAUUCAGUUGGCAGAUACAAGGGUUUGUUCUUGAUUGAGAGAAUCUUCUUCUUAUGCAAGCUCCAGCAUAUUGAGCAGGAUCAAUUCGAUCAGUACCGGGAGGGACAGAGAGGGAGCUUUCUGAGACGGAAAAUCGGGUGAUUACCAUGCUCGCGGUCGACAUGGCCCAUCAGUCCCUGUCCCUCACCUCGCACCGUGAACUGACCAGUAGCAAGCUUGAAUUGGACCCUGAAGUGGUCCGGGGGUUACUCCAAAGCCAACGGGACAAGUGUGACCAGGACCUCUUCGGCCUCAUCGAAGAUUACUUUGAGACGAGCAACCAGACCUCAAAUUUCUUUGUUGCCCUUGACAAGUGCCUCGCUCGGGCUCGGGACAGCCGGCUGAUACUCAUGAACGCAGUGAGCUAUUUCGAGGAGGAAGCAGAGAGGGAGAAAAAAAACGGACUUGAUCUUGAAGGGAUCAAGUAUGCUAAUACACUGAGAGAGCUCGAGAAGUUUAAGACGGCCGGGGACCCAUUCGGUGGUGAGUUCUCUGGGCUUCUGCAGUCAGUGUCAGACCGGCAAUCUGGCCUGCAGAAGCAGCUUCGGGAGCGGAAAGAGAGAGUGGCAAAAAAAUUGAAGUCUGCUGAGACUGGGAGGAGGGCGUCAAAUGUCCUAUUCGUAGCUGCCUUUGUCUCGGCCCUAAUCCUCUCGGUCGUGGCAGCAGCAGUGGGGGCUCAGCCAGUCAUUACGGCUCUCGCGGGCGUGCUUAUUAUGCCAAUUGAUUCAGUGGGGAAGUGGGUUAACUCUCUUUGGAAGAAGCGCCAGAAGGAGCUGAAGUGGGAGAGUGAGUUGCUCGGUCUAAUGGAAGCUUUCACUUUCCUCGACGUGGAAAUUAUUCGGGUGGUCGUGGAUAACUUGGAAAACAGGAUUAAGUAUCUGAUGCAAAAUGCUGAAUUAGCCCUCGGACGGGAUGCGGCAGUGAGGCCUGCGGUGGGUAAGAUCGAGCGGGAGACCGAGUGGUUCACGAAGACUGUGGAGGAGCUCGAUCAACGGAACCACAAAUGGAGUCAGGAGAUUAGGAUUUUUCUGACGUUCCUCUUGCAGAAGCUGAUCUUUAAAUCCAAUGAUGACUAGAUAAAUUUUUUUUUUCUUUCUUUGGUGAAAAAAGACCAAACAUGCUGCUGCAUCUGGAGGAAAAGAACGUGAUUGCACGGAUGCAAGCAAAGGGACAUCAGAUGAAUCCAAGUCUCCCCUUUGAGAUUAUUCAAUGGGUGAAAGAGGAAGUUGCCGAUUUUCGAAUGUUGGGCAUUCCUCCAAUUUGAAGGAAGUUGGGCUCAAAUCGUAUAGACUUUUAUUGGGCUUUAAUAUUCUCAAGGACCCACCUUUGUGAAGAUUAAUUUCAGCAAAAGAGCUGAGCAAAGAGUGGAGUGGAAAGUGACAAGGAUCAGCAGAGAACAACGGCAGAGUACAGAGAAGAAGCAGAGCAGAUUUUCAAUCCGACUAGCUAGAGAUCAAACCUCGAUCGGGACGUCAAACGAACUCUGACCGGGAUGAAUUUUUGGCAACAGCUUCAUGACGUGUGGAGCUACGUUCCGAAUGGUCAGAAUUUCUAUUCGAACUCUGUAGGUAUUAUUUCAGCUGAUUUUGUAAUCUACCGGUUGUGGGUGACGAAUUUUGAUUUUUUGAUGAUCUAAGAGAAUCUGUCUCUUAAGUUUGGUGAUCCAAGGAUUUGCCCUUGAUGAAAAACAUUGUGUAAUCUUUAUUGAUAGUGGAUCAUUGAUUCGAAGUCGAUCCUGUGAUUUUUUCCCA